AAUUGACUAAGUUACCAGGUAAUUCUAUGAAUAAUUUAGGUUAGUACAGUUAACAUUUACAAAAACAAAAAUAUACCUCAAGAGAAAUGUGACAGUUAUCAAAAAUACUCAUGAUGUAAAACUAGCUUUACACUAUAUCAAGGUCAUUUUGCAAAUACAAUAACCUUAUAUUCUGGAAAUUUCUCUAUACUCGUUCAUUUAAAGUGAAGAUUUCACGUGGUGUAGAUCUGUGAUCUACGUUUAUACUUUUUUAUCAAAAAAGUAUCUUUAGUAAUAAAGUUUAUUUAACAAAUACUAUGGGAGACGUAGAAAAAGGGAAGAAAGUAUUUAAACAAAGAUGUGAACAAUGCCAUACAGUAGAGGCAGGUGGUAAGCACAAAACUGGGCCUAAUCUACAUGGAUUGUUUAAUAGGAAAACUGGUCAAGCUCCUGGUUUUGCUUAUACAGAUGCCAAUAAAUCCAAAGGUAUCACUUGGUGUGAUGAAACAUUAUUUAUUUAUCUAGAAAAUCCCAAAAAAUAUAUUCCCGGUACAAAGAUGGUGUUUGCUGGAUUGAAGAAACAAAGUGAGAGGAAGGAUUUAAUUGCUUACCUAAAAGAAUCCACCAAAUAACACUAGAGUAAUUCAUCUGUUCAAACCAUUGCUUUAAACACCAAAGCAAUUGGUUUUAGGAAAUUGAAAUGGUGUUGCGUGUACCAUCUGAUCUGCGAUAUUAUAAGGACACAUUAGAUUUGCAAUUGAAGAUUCUGAAUUAAAAUAUGGUUUAUGAAACCUAAAAUAUUGCUAAAUAUUUUCUUAAUAAAUUUUAUAUUAAUAAGUGACAAUGUUUAUAACGAGAUUCAUUUAUAUUUUGCAUUUAUAUUUUGUAGCAUUUAUAAUUCCAGUAUUAUUUAGUCGUGAACUUCACAACAGUUGAAUUGCUAUUUUUAUAAAAUACAACUUGUGUUUUUGUCAAUUUGUGUCCAAAUAAAUUAUUUAUUACUA